AUGGCCCGGAACAUCGUCACCUUUGGGCAGCCACUCCUGGCAGAGCACCCUGUAGGAGAGGCCUGGUGGUGCUUUGAACAUGAUGCUAUUGAAGCAAGCCUGUUAAACCUCACAUCUCCAGUCAUAGGGUGUUCACAGCUCUGGGCCACCAAGAUGUGGGAGCCAGUGGCGCAGGCAUUCCAGCUCAAAAACCCUGGCACCAAGAUGUUCACCAAGGACUGCAACAUCCUCCUCAAGCUUGUCAUGGCUGGCAAGAAAACCAACUCCUUGGGCCAGAAACUGCCCCAAAAAGGCAACAUGGAGAUACUGUGUGGUGGACCUCCAUGUGAGCACCUCAGCAGCAUGAAAUGCUUCAACUCCCGCUCCUGCCUCAAGUCCAAGGGUUCCCUGGUGAUCUCCUUCCUCAGUUACUGCAUUUAUUACCAUCUGAGCUUCUUCCUGCUGGUGAACGUCCCAGAUUUUGUGUCCUUCAAGAGAUCCAUGGUGCUCAAGCUGACCCUGCACUGUCUGGUGUGCAUAGGCUAUGAGUAGACCUUCAGGGGUCUCCAGGGGUGGUUUUGA